AUGGUUUCGAAUCCACAGUUAUCAAACUUUUAUAUACUCAAUCUCACUGGCAUAGAUGUCAGCGGUGUGGCUCUAGAAGAUACAAGCUUCGGAAAUGGCGGGGUUCUGAUUGAUUCGAGGACGGUGAUCACUAGACUAGCACCAUCAGUUUAUAACGCUUUGAAAACAGAGUUUUUGAAACAGUUUUCUGGUUACCCUUUUGCACCAGGGCUUUCAAUUUUGGAUACCUGUUUUAAUCUCACUAGUAUUGAGGAAGUUAGCAUACCUACCCUAAGUAUGCAUUUUGAGGAUAAUGUUGAUCUGAAUGUGGAUACAGCUGUUAUUCUGUAUAUGGUAAAAGAUGAUAUUUCACAAGUUUGGCACUUGCAAGUCUCUCUGAAGAAAAUGACAUGGCCAUUAUUGGGAAUUAUCAGCAAAGGAAUCAGAGGGUAA